AUGGCUCUACUUUCCAGUACUUUUAUGCUAAAAGUAUUCUGCACAAUAAUUUGUCUUUCUAUUGGAAUUUAUGCAUACUUCAAGUUCGUUUUAUACACUUACUGGCGUAAAAAAGGUAUGCCAUACUUGGAACCGUGCGUACCAGUCGGAAAUUUUCUUAACGUUGUGAGAAAAAAGUGUCACAUAGGUGAAAUUUUUUCUUACGGCUAUGAAAAAUUAAAAUACAACAAAGUUUUUGGAAUGUAUACAUUUCAUAAGCCUUGCUUAGUAGUGGCUGAUCCUGAUCUAAUACGAAACGUCUUGACAAAGGAGUUCACAAGUUUUCAUGACCGAGGUGUAUACUGUAAUGAAAAAGUUGAUCCAUUGUCUGGGAACUUGUUUUUCUUGCCCGGCAAAAAAUGGAAAACUUUAAGGUCAAAGUUAUCACCAGCGAUAACUCCUGGUAAAAUGAAACUUAUGUUUGGUUGUCUGAAGGAUCGCGGAAUAGACUUAGAAAAUUUUUUAAAAGACAAAGCGAGAAAACCGAAAAUUGUGGAGAUGCAAGAAAUUUUUGCAAGAUUUACUACUGAUAUUAUAAUGACGACAGUAUUUGGAGUCGAUUGCAAUACUUUGCAUGACGCAGAUAGUGAAUACCGUUAUUGGGGAAAGCAGGUGUUUGAAGCUCAUAAUAUCAAAAAUGCAGUUGGUUUUUUCGCACCUCAAAUUUUGGACUUCUUUUCGAUUCCUUUUAAUGAUGUCGGAGUGCAAAAGUUCUUUAUGACAGUCUUCCAGGAGACGGUUAAUUACCGACUGAAUAAUAAUAUUAAAAGUCAGGACUUUCUGGAUCUUAUAAUUCAAUUGAUGAACAAAGGGUAUGUCAACGGGGAUGAUGGAGAAUCUAUCCAAAAAUCUUCAGGUUUUGAAACGUCAUCCACGACAGCAGCUCACUGCUUGUACGAACUGGCAAUUCAUCAUGACAUUCAGGAGGAAGUGCGACAGGAAAUUUUUUCUCAGCUAGGAGAAAAAGGUGAUCUCACUUAUGAUAGUCUGAACGAAAUGCCUUAUCUUCAAAAAGUUGUUUGCGAAACUCUAAGAAAGUAUCCACCUGUGUCGUUGCUGAAUCGAGUAUGCACUAAAGAUAUACAGUUCCUGAACACUGACAUAAAGAUUAGUAAAGGCAUAGACAUCGUCAUUCCAGUGCUUGGAAUUCACAGGGAUCCUGAUAUAUAUCCCGACCCAAUGAAAUUCGAUCCUGAAAGGUUUAAUGAAAAAAACACAGUUUCGAGACAUCCUUAUACCUUUUUGCCUUUUGGCGAAGGGCCAAGAAUAUGCAUUGGAAUGAGGUUCGGAUUAGCCCAAGUCAAAGUAGCUAUAAUUAGCGCAUUAAGAAACUGCAGGGUUUCGUUAGGACCAAAUACGCAAGUGCCACUUCCCAUUGAUCCAGAAAAAAUGGCCUAUACAUCUAAAUUCGGCAUUCAUCUCAAAAUGGAAUUAUUGUGAAUUUAUGUAUGUUUAACAUGUCGUAUUAGUACUUGUAUGUCACUUCAAACCCACAUUUUAAAAAGAAGAGAUACAUGGCUGAACAGUCUUUGAUGAU